AUGGAACCUCAAAGGCAGGCUUCUGUGACUCUUCACCCGCUCUUCCAGCCCGAUUCCCUACCGUUUCGCUCUUUGACCUUCUUCACCGAUUCCGACUCUUUCAAUAUUGGCCGAGCCUCGAAGCGCGAAGCGAAAAACCUCGCACCCGCCCAUCAUAAUGCCUGGUUCGAUUCUCGAGUUAUGUCUCGGAAUCAUGCGAAAUUGGGAGUAUCCAUGGACAAACAGCAUGUCUAUAUCCGUGACGGUGGCUCCAUGCAUGGCACCUUUGUGAAUGACAAACGAAUCCCCGUUGGCAUGGAUGUUGCUCUCAAGAACAAUGAUAUCUUGACUUUCGGAACCGAGGUCAAUCGUGGUACUGAAACAUUUGCACCCCUUAGAAUUCGCUUCGAGAGCGAAUGGUUUGGUUAUGGCGAUGAUAAAGUACUGGCGUUGAAGCAAGCAAGCAACACUUUCUGUGUCCCCGAUGAUGACGAUGAUGUUGUCGAGGUCGGUCCAGCGAAGUCUUCGACCACAGAGACAUACGGAAUCUAUAUUGAUUCAGACAUCUCGGACACUGAAAAUAACCCACACAGGGAAAACUCGACACCAGCUACAUCGCCAUUAAUCAAAGACAUGCCUUUGAACUUGGAGGAAACUAAGAUUGGGAAGGAUAGCUCGAGCACUAGUCCAGAAAAGGGGUCUAGCGGCACAACUGCAGACCAUUCGAGUGGAACUCAGAAAAGCCCUAUUGUUCUUGAUGAAGAGCAGCGUCUUGUGACACCAAGAAUGACUCCACCAGUCGCUAGUGCCCCUGCGGACUCGGCCAACGAAUCAGAUGAUCAGUCUGACUUCAUUAUUAAAAGUCCAGGCCAUAGAAGAUUUGGAGAAUUCCCUGUGGAAGAUGACUCGGAUGAACAGUCUGAUAAAUGGGAUGGGGACGAAGAGGGCGUUGGCUUAGAAGAUGAUUCGGCGGACCAAUCGCCUUAUGAAUUCGAUGCAGACGAAUCUGACGAAGAAAAUAAUUCGGUGAUAUCGACUGACCUUCCAAGGCUCGCUUUAUUCGGGGGUCCAUACGACACGAGCAGUGAAAUAGAAGAUGCAAGCUCUCAUUUUGAUAUCUCGGAUGAAGAGUUCCAGUCAGCAAGCAAUCCCAAGCAGAAGGCCGCCGAGAGUGACGCCAUGCCUUUGCCAUCAGCUGACAGAGUUGAUACUUCUGCUCCUGACGACUUCAAUUCUACUUUACAGCCACAGAGCGCUGAUCAGGCUUCGGGUCGUUUUAGCGAGCCUUCAUACAAACCAUCGCCGCUUCUGCCGGAUUGGGAUACAAUCUCUAAAUCAGUUGCAGCUGCCAGCCCUGAAAGGAGACUUUUCCCUCUUCAUAGCUUCCAUGAAAACGGUUAUAUACCGGCUACUGAGGAAUGGAAGCCACAGAAUACGUCAAAUACAGCGUCCAUUUUGCCCGCCAGCAGCCCGUAUGGACCUCCCCAGGACUUUUUUAGUGCCCCUGCACCAUAUACUGACGGACCCUUUGUGAACAGUCGGCCACUACCCAUGCCUCUUGGUAUUGGAAUAUGUAGGGGCGUUCCAGGACUUUCGCACGCCAGGGAUGACACCAAAAACCGCAUGGCCACGGAAGUUUCUACACAGGCUGAGGAGCAUAGUUUCCUGGAGCAGUCCCUGGACACACCCCAAGACGAGCGACGAUCAAAGACUCGCGUUUCUAUCGCUGAUAUUGUUGAUACAUCACUGGAGACCCCGGAUAUCCAAAAAGCGCCAGUGAAGAGGAAGGCGGCCGAAAUGGAAAUGGAUUCAUUCGCAUCAGACGCUGCUGCUACAAAUAAUUUUGCCUCCUGUGCUGAGUCUAAUCCUCCUGAUACCAAACAACCCCUGGAGGAGUCCAUUGAUGAGACGUUCUCUCAAGAUGCUCAGCCGCAGGUCUUGAUAGGUGACCUGAAAGAUUCAUCCACUCAGCUCACCGAUGCUUGUUCUGUCGAUGAGUCCAAGUCAGACAAGGGCGACACCUUUGAGAAUGAACGACCGAGCAAGCGUGCUAAGACUACCCACGAGCCAUCUAGUGGAGGAUUCGCUAGACAUGCUGCUACUGCUCUUGUGGGUGCGGUGGUUGGUGGUCUGGGUACCAUUGCGGUAUUGGCUUCUCUUCCUCCAGACUACUUUGUCUAG